AGGAGGAGUUCAGAUGCGUCAUCUGCGAACGAGUCUACUGUUCGCGUAACUCCCUGAUGACCCAUAUCUAUACCUAUCAUAAGAGCAAACCCGGCGACAUUGACAUUAAGUUGUUUUGAAGGUUUAGAUAAGGUACGGGCAAUGGGAUGCAUCCGGCAGCGACGACGCUUCCCUCUGCCAUGUACCGGAUACCACCGCCGACAGCGGGCGGUAUCAAUGAGCCUCAGGAAUGCCCGUACUGCCGUCGCACCUUCUCCUGCUAUUACUCCCUGAAGCGUCACUUUCAAGACAAGCACGAGCAGUCGGACACGCUCUUCGUCUGCGAGUUUUGCAAUCGUCGAUAUCGCACGAAGAAUUCACUAACGACGCACAAGAGUCUUCAGCAUCGUGGCUCGAGCGGUAUGCUGAAGAGGCUCCUCAAGACAUCGGCCAUGAAGAACGUGCUCGGUAGCAUGCAACAGGCUCAACAAUUGCAGCAACAGCCGCAAUGAGAGCGGCCGAACAUAGAUCAGCAGGCUCGUGUCUCCUCGCGCCGGCUCCUCCCUCUUUCACCACCUCAACCUUCUUAUCCUCCUCAUCUUUCUUCUUCUCAUUCUCUCCCUCAUCCAUCUUAUCCUUCUUCUUCUUCUCAUCUUAUUUCUCAUGCUUCAGCUAUUCCACUUGUUCCUUCUAUUUCAUCUCCUCAAGCUCUUCUUUCGUCUCAUCGGUAUCAUUAUCAGCAUCAUUAUCAUCACCAUCAUCACCAUCGUCAUCAUCAUCAUCGUCAUCAUUACCACCGUCAUCAUCGACAACGUGCCGUACCUCCUACGAGAUCGCUUCUCUCACCCCCAAACUUUUCCUUUCCAUCCCCCUUCUCUUCUCCAACUUUUCUCCAUCCUGAAGACUGCGACCGAUCCAAAGAAGAACGAAGAAUCGACUGAUGAAAAAUUUUAUAUUGGAGUCUCCCCGUCUGCUCUUUGUUUUCUCCUUCUUCUUCUUCUUCAUCAUCUUCUUCUUAUUUUUUUCUUAUUAUUACUA